GUCUCAAGUUGCAGUCAAGGAGGAGCUGAGAGUCCUCCGGGCUUUAAUGUUGGAACCUGCUCCUCAAAUAUAAAGAGCUGUUUGCCUUCCAAACGCAAGGAAACGCUGAAUUACAACGUCAUAGCGGAACAGCGACCAGACACACCGUCCCUCUCAAUAACCAACAGAGGCAACCAGUUUAACCCAGGCAACAUCUUAACCAAUUUAGACAGUUGAAGAAUCAAGCCAUUUCUCUAUUUUAACAAAGUUUUUUUUGUAUGUACUUAUAGUACGCAUUUGUCACGGAACAUUUCACUGUUAUAGUCACAUUUAGAGAGAGAGAAAAGUUUUCACUGCGCCGCGGGAGCGUGAGGUGAGAAGCUCAACCGAACUUUUGCUGAGAGUGAAGAGAGAGCAUGUCUGCACUUAUCAGCGUGUACUCGUCAUGGCCGGAGAGCUUUGAGUGCUCAACGGGAGAUGGGGACGUGCCUGACGGACACGGCUCGCACAGGACUCCCGCGGACAAAGCGUCGGAGCCGCGCAUCAGACGGCCCAUGAAUGCGUUCAUGGUCUGGGCUAAAGAUGAGAGGAAACGCCUGGCUGUCCAAAACCCAGACCUGCACAACGCAGAGCUCAGCAAGAUGCUGGGCAAGACGUGGAAGGCCCUGACCCCUCUUCAGAAACGUCCCUACGUGGAGGAGGCCGAGAGGCUGCGGGUGCAGCACAUGCAGGACUACCCCAACUACAAGUAUCGCCCUCGUCGCAAGAAGCAGCUGAAGCGCAUCUGUAAGCGUGUGGACCCAGGGUUCCUACUGAGCAGUCUUGGGGGGCCUGACCAGAAUGCCCUAACUGACUCCCGGGGCCUCUGCCUCUCUCUGGGUUUGGAUAAAGAAGGGGAUGGUGGUGUUGGGUUUUCAUCACACUCUUCCCUCAGCCCGGUUAGAUCCUUAAGAGAUGUACCGUCCAGCAGCACCUACCCCUACGGCCUCCCCACCCCACCUGAGAUGUCCCCCCUGGAUUCGGCCCUGGACCAUGACUACCCCUCCUACUACCCCUCCUCUUCUUCCUCCUCUUCAUCCGUCUCCUGCUCAGAGGAGCGCCACCAGCACCAGUGUCAGGCCCUCGGAGGAGGUGGUGGUGGAGGUCACAUGACUCCCUACCACCCUGACCACCCUGACUAUACCCAGACUUCCAUCCACUGUGGCUCCCACUCCCACCUAACCCACCUCUCCCACAUGUCCCAGGCUCAGUCCGGAGGCCUCAUCCCUGGGCAUCCUCUGUCCUACUACAGCCCAUCCUCAUGGUCCUCCCAGCUCCAGGUCCACCCGGGCCUCCAGCCCCACCAUCACCCCCACUUGGGGCACCUCUCCCCAGGUCACCACCACCAGCACCACCUGGGUCAGCUCUCUCCUCCUCCAGAGCAGAACCAUGGCCAGAACCACGGCCAACUGGAGACACUGGACCAGCUGAGUCAGGUAGAGCUUCUAGGGGAGGUCGACCGCGAUGAGUUCGACCAGUACCUGAACUCGACUGCGGCAGGUGCAGCGGCAGCGGGGGUAGGGGUAUUCCACUCCGAACACGGAGGAGGAAUGACUGUGACGGGUCACAUUCAGGUGACGUCUGGGAGCAGCGUUGUCGCGGAAACCAGCCUGAUCUCCGUGUUAGCGGACGCCACGGCAGCGUAUUACAACAACUACGGCAUCUCUUAGACGGGUCGUCGAGUUACCUGGUCACCAUGCCGACACCGACAGCUCACGCCAUCACACCUGGGAACUGACCCGGGGGCCAUUAAUGUGUCAUCAGAGGAGGACUGUUGAUCUCGCGUCAGGUGUCUAUGUCCGUGUGAUUUUAUUCAAUUGUGAUCUAUAAAACUUUGAGACGCUUGAUACCAAUGCCCCCAGGUAGGCUGAAGAUGGGUUGGGGGGGGACACCAGAACCAAUCACAUAGCAAGAUGGUUGUUUGGGGCCAAGGAAGGAACCAAGAGGGUAUAAAAGAGAGAGAAGAUUGAAGGACACCUCAGGGAUGCUCAAAUAGGUCAACGAGUUCAUCAAUUCUAUCUGUCUAUUUCCAGAACUGAAUUUACAGCCGGUCGUUGUCCUCUUGUCUUAUUAACGUGUUGCCAGUCGUUGUCCAGUUGUCUUUAACGUUGUAAAGCGUGUUGUACAGAUGCUCUCAUCCCUUAUUGAAGCUCUUUGAUGUUUCUACUAAAUGCUUUUAUUGUAUUGCUGUUAUUAUUAAUUAUUUCUGUUUGAAUGUUUGUAUUAUUUCCUACCCGACGUUAGUCGGGAUUCGUUUUAUUUUUUACCUCAGUAGUGUCUAUUUAAAUGAGGAUUAGAGGGACAUUUCUUAUGAAGUUAUCGCGGGUCUCAAAUGGCACUCUAGUCCCUAUGAAGUGCACUACUUUUGCCCAGGUACCACAGGGCUCGUGUCAAAACUAGUGUACUAGAAAGGUGGAAAAAAAACUGCGUCGUUUUGAGACGAAGCCGAGGAAAUAUCACGAAGAAAAAAUACUUUACAUUACUUUCUUAUUUUCAAGUACUUAAUAUAUAAAUCAUAAUCUUUAACAAUGAAAAUAAUAAUUACUGUAUGCUGAUUUUAGGUUUGUGAAUUAAUUUGAAAUAAAGUUCCACUUUCUA